AAAAUUCGCUCUGGGUGUGGUGCAUUCUAUGAAUCUGGACACAUUAUGAUGACACGUACCCAUUCUUACAGUGUCACACAGGAGUCUCACUGCCCUCAAAGUGGAGGUGACUCAUUUUCAAUAUUCAACGAGGGGCAGCUUGAGCCAUGGCAAGUUGGGCACAGGUAGAUGAUUUAUUUCCAUGUGGUCAUCACAGAUGGGUGAGGGGCUCCUCCAGCAUGUCCUCCAUGCUGAGCAGCAGAGGGUUGGUGAAAAGGGAGCUCCUGAGUGACGUGGUGGGGGGCUGCCGAUAUCGGGUCAACAACCACUUGGACCUGGAGUACUCACCACUGCCCGUGAACAAGAUUAUCAGUUCUGCGGAGGUGAUGGUUGGUAAGGAGUUGGCGUACAGUGUUCUGAGCAGGAACUGUGAGGGCUUGGUCACCGAUCUGAGAUAUGGCAAGGCCCGCAGCCCGCAGGCAGAAAAGUUCCUGACUGGAGCAAGUGUGAGCCUUGGAGCCAUAUUUAUGGCUAGUGUGGUCUGUUCUGUCAUGAAGAAGCGAUCCCAACGCCAGUGACAGCCUGAAGGGGCACAAAACCCCGAGUUAGAAGCCGCUGUAGAGCUGACCUCGCACAGUCCCGUCCCCCUGACCCCAGCUCUCGGGGAACCUGUCGUUCUGUCUCUCACUGUCCCUCUCUCACUGGCUGAAGGAUGGACUGAUUGUGCCAACACUGAGGAAUUCAUACGUGAACCUCCAUACCCUCCAGGGAGGGGUUCCGCUGCUUCUGUGGCGCCCAAAAUAGAACGGAAGCACCUGGGCACCUGGUGGGGACCCAGUGUUUUCUGUCCGUGUGACCUGGGCAAAGCUCUGGACUCUCAGAGUCUCAGUCCCUUCCUCUCCGAGCCGGGGAAGUGACCCGCUCGAUGGUACAUUGUGAGGAUCAGAUAAGGUGGUGGGUGGAGCACCGCAGGCCCUGUCGGGCCUGUAGCAGGUGCUCAAUGGAUUGUCUCCUUGUUCUCUGUAGACAGACCACUGUGCUCAGCAGCCGUCACUCAUUUACUCUCAUGGUGCAAAAAGAAACACGAUUACCUCCCGUGCAGUCCCACCCUCUGUCCGUGAAUCCCCUGAUGAGGCAUAAACAUCUC